AUGACAUCCUAUCUUCAGAAAGAAAGGAUCACAGACCAGUGGAAGACCUCGCGAACCGUUCUUAUCCAUACGAAAGCUGACCGAGGGGACCUUCGGAAUUACUGUCCGAUAUGCUUGCUGAGCAUGUUAUACAAAGUGUUCACCAAGAUCAUCCUCACGCGCAUAUAUAGGACGCUGGAUGAAGCCCAGCCUCAAGAACAAGCUGGAUUCCGUCAGGGGUUCAGCUGCUGGGAUUACAUCCAGACCGUGGCGAGGGUCACAGAGGUUUGCCGGGAAUACCGCCUGCCCCUUGUUCCAACCUUCGCCGACUAUGAGAAAGCCUUCGACAGCGUAGAAACGAAUGCAAUACUGUCAGCGCUGGUCGACCAAAGUGUGAACGCUUCGUAUGUGAGGACAUUAACCAAUUGCUACGAUCGAUGCACGACUAGGAUACAGCUUUUCCACCGUCCCCUCACCAUACCCAUUGGAAAGGGGAUGACAAGGCGAUACUCUAUCGCCGAAGCUGUUCACGGCUGCAUUGCAAUGGACAAUGAAAUCACUUUCCUGGGAAGAAAAUGGCAUACGUGUUGA